AUGAAAUUUCUGCUUCUUAUACUCUUAGUUGCAGUGCUUGCCAAAAAAGAAAAGUAUCCAGAUUCCAAAGCCAAAUCAAAGCCUCGAUAUUUAUCAGGGGAACUUUAUUGCAAUGUUUGCCAAGGAAUUACAAGAGAGCUUUUGAAGAAAUUAAGGCAUAGAUCUAAUGAAGCAGAUGUAAUUGCAGCUAUGGAGGAUAUUUGCAAUAUGUGGACAUAUACAGCUUAUGAUUUUCCUCCACCUGAAUUCAAAAAAGGAUGCGGUGCUUUUGUUGGCUACCAUGCAGAAGAAUUAGAAAGGAUCCUUACUCACAGAACCAUGAAUGAUGCAGAUUUAGAACGUUACUUUUGUCAUGAAUAUACAAAGGCAUGUGAAGAUAUUUUCUGGGAGCAUGUUCCUGGAGAUGGGAUAAACUCAGCAGCUGCUCCAACACAUAAAGAGCCUGAAAAACCAAAAAGUCCACCUCCACCACCAGCUUCUACUAAACCACCUAAAAAGCCAAAGACUGAGCCUCAAAGUGGAUCAGAAACGACUGCUGAAAAAUCUGAAAAAAAUGAAGCACAAAGUGAAAAAAAUUCAGAGCCUGAGAAAGUAGAGGAUAAUCAAAAUUCUCAGAAAAUUGAGGAAGCAAAGAAAGAGGACUUAUAA